AUCCCCGGCAGCCCCUCCGCGGGGCCCGGCGCCGGAGGGGGGGAAUCCCUUCCUCCCUCCUCCCCGCCCGGCUGCGUACGCCCCGUCCCUCGGCGUGGGCGCUCCAUCAGCUCCGCCGGCAUCUCCCCUCCUCCUCCUCCUCCCCGCACACCCACACACUUUCCCCGUCCCUCCUCCCCGCCACUCCGCAGCAGAGUGCUUUUGCAGCCGGUGCGGCUCCUGAGGAAGGAGGUGUGCGGCUUUUUUCCCCUCUCCUUUUUAUUUUUAAUUUUUUUUUCUUUUCUCCGGAGCGGACCUUUCGGAGGAACAGCUGCAGCAGCCGCGGCCACACCGGGACCGAGCAGGGAGAAUGGCCGGGGGGCUUCUCCCGGGGCUGCUUUUCAUCUUGCACGCCGCGGCUCGCCUGGCCGCCGAGCAAGAAGUUGAAAACCUCUCCGGGCUCUCCCCUAACCCCGAGAAGGACAUCUUCGUGGUGCGGGAAAACCGGACGACGUGUCUCAUGGCCGAAUUCGCCGCCAAGUUCAUCGUCCCCUACGACGUGUGGGCCAGCAAUUAUGUGGAUCUGAUCACGGAGCAAGCCGAUAUCCCGCUGUCGCGGGGCGCCGAGAUGAAGGGCAAGUGCGGCACGAACGAGUCGGAGCUGGAGCUCUCGUGGCUGGACCAAGCGUACACCCUCAAACUCUCCUUCCUCAAGGAGGGGCACAACACGUCCCGGGGCCCCGAGGCGUCCUGGAAGCUCAGCCGGAUCCAGUUCACGUACGACACCUCCGAGCGCACCUACUUCAAGGAUGCCGUCAGCCCCGGGAAGCACACGGCCAGCUCGCACCGGCUCUCGGCCCUGGUGACCCCUGCCGGGCGGUCCUACGAGUGCCAGGCGCAGCAGACCAUCUCCCUCGUGUCCAGCGACCACCAGAAGUCCGUGCAGCUCCUGCUGUCGGAAGUGCGGCUCCAGCCCUUCGACAUCCCCGCGGAUUUUGUCUUCAGUGAAGAGCACAAGUGCCCGGUGGACCAGCGGGAGCAGCUGGAGGAAACGCUGCCCCUGAUCCUGGGGCUGAUCCUGGGGCUGGUGAUUGUGGUCACCCUGGGCAUCUACCACAUCCACCACAAGCUGACAGCCAGCCAGGUGCAGAUCCCUCGGGACAGAUCUCAGUACAAACACAUGGGCUAGGAGCAGCACCGGGACACGCAGGCACUGAUCAGGUAGAAAAAGCAAAAGCACUUUUUUC